AUGAACGCGCUGAGAGCGAGCCCCAAGUUCCUGUCCCGCUCGGACGAAGGCGAGAAAAUGCGAGCGCUCGACGUCGGUUGCGCCGUGGGCGGCGCGACGAUCGAAUUGGCGAGAAAACGAUGUAUACAUCGGGAAUGUUACGAGACCUUCUUCGGAUAUGACGAACGGACGUGUUGCGGUUACCAUUUGUUAUCAAAGGUGUUUUGGAGCUAUCGGGGCGAGAGAAUAGCAGGCUGGCCCGAUGUUUGGGGAUACCUACCGCGUCAUGGGAAACUAGACGAAUUCGAAUAUCAUCACGAACUAGCGGAGCGCGUAAAGCACGCAGAGUUUGUUUUCGAUGAAGUCGUUGGAUUUGAUAGUAGCGCACCCUUCAUCGAAGCGGCAAAGCAGAUGCGCGAUGAAAAAGAGAGGCGUGUAGAUGUUCCAAUGGAAGGCGGUAAACGGGAAAGUAUGGAAUUGAGUUGGUUUGAAGACGCUCCAUUCAUCGAUUGGUUCAAGAGCUGGGCGACCGAGAAACACUUGGUGGAUUUCAAACCAAUGACAAAGUGUACGUUUGAAGUCGGCGACGCGUGCUCGCUCGAGUACUGGAAAACUCUGGGGAAAUUUGACGCCGUGUUGGUGGCCAACUUACUGUGUCGACUGCCUCGGCCGCGAGCGUGCCUGGAUGGACUGGCGACGGUGUGCAAUCCCGGCGCCGUCGUCGUGUUUUGCACGCCGUGGUCCUGGUUGGACGAGUACACGCCAGAUAAACGCGAGCGCUUAGACAGUGCAGAGUUAGUAUCGGAAAUGAAGACGCGGGGUUUCGAAGAGGGCGAGCGGGACUAUGAUUACGAAAUCCCGUGUUUCAUUCGGGAGCAUUACCGAAAAGUACAGUACAUCAUAUCACAAGUGCGCGUGUUCAUCAAACAGUAG